AAACCAGAUAUCUAAAAAUUAAAAUUGAAUAAAAUCGAACCGGGCCUGCUCAAAUGAUUCGAACCGGGUUUAUUCCUUUGACUCGUACCCGACCCGACGCAAAGCAGCAAGCUUUAGGUCUAAAAGAUUCCAACUUUGAAGUUUGAUCGGAACAAAAACAGAGACAAAUCUGCGUCUGAUUUCAAACGGAACAAAAAUGCUCAGUAGGGUUAGAAUUAGUAAGCUUGUUUCGUAUACUUUACCUCGGAGAGUCUUCGAACGGAGGUUUUUGGUGACGAACAACGCUUUCUCUAACACUGAGGAGUCGACGGUUGUUGCCGCAGAGUCGCCGGAGCUUCCGUCUUGGAUCAGAGACUUCUUAUCAAACAAGCCUUCUUCUUCUUCUUCGAGUUUGGUUCCCGAAGACGAUGAAGAUUUCGUUAUCCCAUCUUUGGCGAAUUGGGUUGAGAGUCAGAAGUUUAGUCGUGAACAAGUCUCAGAGGGUAAUGUGGUGAAGAAACCAGUGGAAGAUAUUGAGAAAGUCUGCGAAUUUUUGAAUAAGAAGGACGCGUCUCAUGGGGAUGUUGUUAAAGAGUUGAGUGGAUGUGAUGUAGUGGUUACAGAGAGUUUGGUUUUGCAAGUUCUGAGAAGGUUUAGUAAUGGGUGGAAUAAAGCUUACGGGUUUUUCAUUUGGGCAAAUUCGCAAACAGGUUAUAGGCAUUCAGCGAAGAGUUAUAACGCAAUGGUUGAUGUGUUGGGGAAAUGUAGGAACUUUGAUUUGAUGUGGGAAUUAGUUGAUGAGAUGAUGAAGAAGAGUGAUGAAUCUGGGCUUGUUACGCUUGAUACGAUGAGUAAGGUAAUGAGGAGAUUGGCGAAAUCUGGGAAAUAUAGUGAAGCUGUUGAGGCGUUUUUAGGGAUGGAGAAGAGUUAUGGUGUUAAAACAGAUACUAUUGCUAUGAACAGUUUGAUGGAUGCACUUGUUAAAGAGAACAGUAUAGAGCAUGCUCAUGAAGUGUUUCUGAAGCUUUUCGAUACAAUCAAGCCGGAUGCUCGGACAUUCAACAUUUUAAUUCACGGGUUUUGUAAAGCUCGGAAAUUUGAUGAUGCUAGGACAAUGAUGGAUUUGAUGAAGGUUACUGAGUUUACUCCUGAUGUUGUUACGUACACAAGCUUUGUAGAGGCUUAUUGUAGGGAAGGAGAUUUUAGGAGAGUUAAUGAGAUAUUGGAGAAAAUGAGAGAGAAUGGGAGUAAACCUAAUGUUGUGACUUAUACGAUCGUGAUGCAUUCUUUGGGAAAAUCUAAACAAGUAACUGAAGCUUUAGGAGUUUAUGAGAAGAUGAAAGAAGACGGGUGUGUUCCUGAUGCUAAGUUUUAUAGCUCAUUGAUACAUAUUCUGUCAAAGACUGGUAGGUUUAAGGACGCAUCUGAGAUAUUUGAGGACAUGACGAAUCAAGGAGUUUCUCGUGAUGUUUUAGUCUACAAUACCAUGAUUUCUGCAGCCCUUCAUCAUUCUCGAGAUGAGAUGGCCUUGCGUUUGCUUAAAAGGAUGGUGGAUGAAGAAGAGGAAUCUUGCAGUCCAAACGUUGAGACUUACGCUCCAUUACUGAAGAUGUGUUGCCAAAAGAAGAAGAUGAAGCUACUUGGAAUCCUGUUGCAUCACAUGGUGAAAAACGAUGUCAGCAUCGAUGUGUCGACAUAUAUCCUUCUCAUUAGAGGAUUGUGUAUGAGCGGGAAAGUUGAAGAAGCUUGCUUGUUCUUCGAGGAAGCGGUGCGGAAAGGAAUGGUUCCUAGAGAUAGCACUUGCAAAAUGUUGGUGGAGGAGCUUGAGAAGAAAAAUAUGGCAGAAGCAAAACUUAAGAUCCAGAGUUUGGUUCAGUCGAAAACUAUGACAGAUUUAGGCAGUCCUUUAUCUGUUGUUGCGUAGAGAUUAUUAGAGUUUGGAGCCAUUAUUAGAGUUUGGAGCCAUGGCUCAAAGUUUUGUUUUCUUUUCUGUGGAAUGAUAAUCAUAUACUCUGUUAGUCUGUUAGAUCACAAACCAUGCUCCUACCUUACUGAUAUGAAAUGAAUUCACAUGAUUAUGUAUGUUUGAUGAAACAAAUCAAUGGAUGACAAAUUUUUGAAUA